AUGGCGAUGUGUUGCAGAAGCGAUUGGAGUCACCAGGGAUGGUGCUCUGAUACCAUAAGUGAAGAUAUUUUACAAUCUUUAAGCGAGGAUGGGGAAUUGACUACUGAUCCAGUAAUCGCUAAAGAAAGUGACAAUGAUCUGCAACCUAGUGGGAGUAUACCAAAAGAUGGUACACCGCUAGAAACUCAGGAUUUAAUGGUGCGAAAGAGCAAACGAGGAAAUAUUCCCCGUCGAUUUUUUGAAAUUGAAGGGGAAAAUUUCUUGUGCACUCCAAUAGAUGAAGAAGAGCCUGCAUCUUAUAAGGAAGCACUAUCAUCUUUAGCUAGUAAAGAGUGGAUGACUACUAUGCAAGAUGAGAUAAGCUCAAUGGACAAAAAUAAGGUCUGGGAGUUAGAUGACCUUUCGCCUGGGUGCAAGAACAUUGGAAACAAAUGGGUCUUGAAAAUCAAAUGCAAAGCAGAUGGUUCAAUUGACAAGUACAAGGCAUGUCUUGUGGCGAAAGGCUAUACUCAAAGUGAGGGUAUAGACUAUGAUGAUACUCUCACCCCUGUGGUGAGAUUUGCAUCUAUUCGCCUAAUCUUAGCUAUUGUCGCACAAAAGGAUUUGAACCUUUUUCAAAUGGAUGUUAAGACUGCAUUUCUCAAUGGAGAUCUAGACACUACUACAAAAAGUGAAAAAGACGACCAGAAAAACACGACGGUCUAA